ACUCAGGAAGUGUCAUGCGAUGUGAGUGUUGAGGUUUCUCUGCACGAUAAUCUGCAAUUGAUUUCACUUUUAUCCUGCCCUGACUGUUAUUACGGAGUGACCAUGCCAUCUGAGAAGAGUCUCGCUAAAGGCAGUGCCGCACCCGGUCCAGUGCCAGCAGACACCAUCAGAAUCUACAGCAUGAGGUUCUGCCCUUUUGCACAGAGGACAUUAUUGGUGCUGAUUGCUAAAGGAAUCAAGUAUGAAGUUGUUAACGUCCACCUGGUUGACAAGCCUGACUGGUUCCUGGAGAAGAAUCCUCUGGGUCUUGUUCCAACCCUGGAGACGUCUGCUGGUGAGGUGAUCUUUGAGUCCCCCAUCACCUGUGACUACCUGGAUGAAGUGUACCCCGGGAAGAAGUUGCUUCCUCCAACUCCUCUUGAGAAAGCACAGCAGAGGAUGAUGCUGGAGCAAUUUAAGAUACCAGGUUACUACUACAGGAUUACAAUGGGGAGGAAGAAAGGUGAAGAUGUCUCAGGGCUGCUCAGUGAACUCAAAGACAGUUUCACCAAACUGGAUGCGGUCCUCACUAAGAAGAAGACAAAGUUCUUUGGUGGCGACUCCAUCACAAUGAUCGACUACAUGAUAUGGCCAUGGUUUGAGAGGCUGGAGGUCUUCGACGUGAAACAAUGUGUGGACAGCGCACCUGAGCUGAAGAAGUGGAUCGAGCGCAUGUUGGAGGAUCCAGCUGUCAAAGCCACCGCACACAGUUUGGAAAACCACAAGAUUUUCUACGAGAGCUACGUUGCUGGCAAACCUAACUACGACAUCGGCCUGUAGAGUUGCCGUCCUUCCCACAGUGGGCCACAGUGUGACUGACAACACACCCAUGCAGUUGGCCCUACACGGUUCAGCUGCCUUCUUGAGCUUUAAUGAUGAUUUUCAUUUAAAAAUUGAUAUUUCAAAUUGUCAAGCCUCAAUUUAUUUACCUAUUUUCUUUCUCAGGAGUCAUUUUCAUUCUUUUUUUCCAACCAUUUGAAGCCUUCAGGGGGAAAAAAUCCUGCCAAUUUAUAUUUGUUAAACGUCAUCAGGUAUUUUUAUACCAUUGAUACAAUAGAUGUUAACUUUUGUAGAGUGAAAGUUUCUUUUAUUGGUCACACAAAUGGUGGUUUGUCAUGAAGGAAAAUAGACAUUUCUGUAAUUUGAACCAGGUCCAUUUCUGACUCGGUCAUUUCAAUGAUGUAUUUCAAGAACAUGACAUGAAAUAAAAACUGCAUGUAUCUCUAAAUCUGUAUUGCCUUUUUGAGCUACAAUACAUAUAAAGUUGCAUUAUAGAUAUAUGAGGUCUUCCCUUUUAACAAA